CAGUUAUUUUCGUGACAUCGUCGAGUGAACAUCGCCAGCAGCGUAAACGCAUUUAUUCGACGGUUAAAGUUGGUUAAAACCGUGGAAAUUCACACAAAAAAGUGCUUAAAGUGUGCAGUGGAGUGCUCCCCAUGCGAUUCUGUGUUUUCUGCCGUGGAAAGUCUCAACAACUGUAAACCCGAAAGAAAAAGAAACCUUCAAGACCAGCUGAAGAUGAAUUAAAGUUCCAACGGUGGAUCGCAGAGGUUAAAGCUCUCGAGAGCUUGACAAAAAGAAUAAAAGAAAAACUUUGAAAAAAAAAAGAAGUGUCUAAGUGACAUAGUGCAACAGUCUUGUGAAAAAAAAUCAUCCUCAAAAGUUAAAAAAGAAAAUUGUUAGUGUCUGAACGAAGGGAUAGAAGACUUUCUGAAGUAUUGGGGAAAAGUGUUCUAAAUGCCCAAGAAAAAUUGAGAAAAUGGUGUGAAAAAAUUGGAAAAGGAUUUUUUUCGGGGUGUGUGCGAAGAAAGAAGACGCGGGAUGGAAAGUGGGUGAAGAUAGGUAUGUUGGGCUACGCCUAAGUCUCGCGAAAAGAUUAGAACGAAAAUCCGGUGAACGUGGAAAAGCAAAAAAGAAAAAGGUAGAAAAUCCGGCAGUGAAAAAUUGUGCUGCCUUUUUUCUUGAGCUAUAUAUUGCUUAGGGAAAAAAAGAAGAAGAAAAGUGUCUCCGGAAGUUCCUCAGAGUUGAAGAACUUCCUGGUUUGUGUAUUGUUUAGUUCUCUUCGUUUUUUUUUCUUGCUCCACCCACAUUCAACCCCAACAUUUUGGGCAGAAUAGAGAAAAGAAAAAUUUUCCCCGCAUUGUUCAAAAGAAGAAAAUAAAUAGAGAAGUAUAUUGUUUCGCAUACGGAACGUUAAAAAAGAUGGAUGCGAGAAUGUACAUAAAACUGUACAUAAAAUGUGAGGUCCCUGGCAGUGGCUGAGGUCCUCCUAAUUGAAUCAAUCCACAGCAAAAUUGGGAAGUGUCAGAGGCGAAAAAAAAGUAUAGAAAUCAAUAAGGGAAGCGUCUCUCUCGUGUGAUUCUGUGUGUGACGAGGGAUAGAGGCAGAAGGUGGAGUUGAGGGGGAGUGCGAAGAAAAUUUCUGUGAAGAUUUUCUCCACCUUCAAACAGUGUUAGAGUUUAAAGAAGUAAAAAGAAAAAAUAAGAAAACAGUGAAGUUUUCCCUAUCAAUUUUCAUUUCUCAAUCUCCAUUUUUUUGUGCUUGUUUCCAUCUUAUUUUGUUCUUCUGCCCAGAAAGAAAUAUAUAUGUAUAUAAAAAAAAGUUUUGAAGAGUAGUGUGCUAAAAAAGAAGUGUUGAAGUGCGCAAGAGAAAUCCAAGAGUGAAAUCUUUCCUCAACUGUGGAAUAAACAUCAAAUUCGGCGUUUGAGGAAGAACAUCGGAAGAAAAAAGGCUAAAGUAGAGCCUAUUCGAUUUUUUUCGGAUAUUUCCCUGUUUAUUAUCAACGGCAAAAUAGCAAUCACACUAGUGUUUUUGUUGAGAGAGAAUCAUCCAAAUUAAAAGGGGGGUUUCGAAAUCGACAAAACACAGUGUUGUGUUCAGGAGGACGCCCCUGAAACGCCUCCAUGAAGAAUCCGAGGCAAAAUGGUACGCGAGACUCGACACCUUUGGGUUGGAAAUUUGCCCGAAACAGUACGCGAAGACCGAAUUCGGGAGCAUUUUAAAAGAUAUGGGCGAGUUCAAAGUGUCAAAAUUCUCACAAAUUCAGCGUCAUCAGUGGCCGGUAGUUUAUCGUCCUCCGCUGCCUCCGCAACCGCCACCCCGUCGUCCGUGUCAGGUGUGCCAAGUGCUUCGAGUGGCAAAGAAAGUGGCGGUGAUGGAAAUGUGGAUGAACCGAGUGGUGGAUCCCCACCCUGUGGAAGUACCACAGUGGCUGGUGGAUCAACAAAUAGUGGUAGUAAUAGUAGUAGUAACUGUAAUACUGGUGAUAGUUGUCAAACAACAGCAUCUGGAGGUGUUUCGGGCAGUGGAGGAACCACAUGCAGUGGGCUGCCAUCGAUGCAGCAGCAGCAACAUGGUGGAAGUUGCCAAGCGUCUGGUGGCAGUGGAAAGCAGUCGGAAUUGUUGCAAAUUCCCACGAACAGUUGUAGUAAUUCAUCAAGUAAUAGCAAAAGUAGUGUUAAUAGUGGUAAUAGUGUGUGUGCUACGGUUGCCUUCAUGGACAUCAAGAGCGCCUCGAAGGCCCACACGGCCGAGCAUAAGUUUGACGAUCGUAUAUUAACCACCGAGUACUAUGAGCCAUCGUCGAUACCGUCAGCGGCGGUAUUGAGUAGUGGCGGUAGUUCACCCCUUUCAUGUUCAUCAUCUAGUUCAAUAUGUGGUAGUAGUGUAGCAUCAAAUUGUGGCGGUACGGGUGGCGGAGUCGCAUCGGCGACGUCACCCACAGCCGCGCAGCAACAGUAUUCCACCGGAUCCACUUCGGUGGCAUCACGAUUUCCCUCCAGUAAUAGUCACGGUGGCUGUGGUGGUGGCAGCGGGGCAACCGGCUCCGUUCCCAGUAGUGGUGCGGACGAGCAUGCGUCCAACUUUGAGAGGACUUCAUUCUAUGAAAGAAAUUCAAGGAGCACCACUGAUCCCGAUCAGUAUAUCAGGCGUCCCAACAACUACCAUUCGACGGAUGUUCGUGGCAGAGCACGGGAUCGUCUGUAUCGCAAUGGCCCCUAUAUGAUCGACAGAUCUGCCCCUGUAAAUCAUCACAGAGUACCUACAAAUUCGUGGUAUGAGAGUAAUUCAGCCACAAACGUGGGUAAUCCAAGUGGAGGUGCCCCAGGAUCGGGAUCAUCACGGUAUACGACGGGUGUGAGUGGUGUUUGCAAUUCCACGUCAUCCAUUGGGGAUUCAGCCAGUAGUGGCUACGAUCUGCCGCUGAGUAGUACGGGGUUGGAUCAUCGGAUCGAACGGAGGAAUUCGGAAACGUCGGAAACGGCGUCAUCCAUCAACAAGACCCCAUCGUCCACCGUGAGUGGCAUGAGCAAUAGCAAUAUGAAGAAGAAGAAGAGCCGUUCGGGCUCUGAAUCACCCUGUGGUGGGAGUUUAUCCUCACGAUCUCAUUCACGAUCUCCAAGCAGUUGCAGUAGUACCAAUAGUUCAUCGUCCAAUUCCCACGGUAGCAGUAGUAGUCCAAGUGGGAAUUUGGCAAGUGGUGAGAUGGGUACGAGAACACGUGGGAGUCAGAGUGGUACGGGAUCGAGUUCUGGGAGUAGUGGAGUCAAUCCCGCCGUGCACAGUGAUGACAACCGACCACUGGCGAUUUGUGUGAGAAAUCUUCCAGCACGCUCAUCGGAUACAUCCCUCAAGGAUGGGCUUUUUCACGAGUACAAGAAGCACGGGAAGGUGACGUGGGUGAAGGUUGUUGGGCAGAGUACAGACAGGUAUGCCCUGGUGUGCUUCAAGAAGGCCGAUGAUGUGGAGAAAGCCCUAGAAGUGAGUCACGAUAAACUCUUCUUUGGGUGCAAAAUUGAAGUUGCUCCCUAUCAGGGCUACGAUGUGGAUGACAACGAGUUCAGGCCAUACGAAGCGGAACUCGAUGAGUACCACCCCAAGUCCACACGUACCCUCUUCAUUGGGAAUCUCGAGAAGGAGAUCACGAGCUCGGACAUUCGGAAGCAGUUUGAGAAUUUCGGGGAGAUCAUUGAGAUUGAUGUGAAGAAACAGGGAAUCUCCUCGUAUGCCUUCUGCCAGUACGCUGACAUUGUGAGUGUGGUGAAGGCAAUGCGGAAGAUGGAUGGUGAGCACUUGGGCAAUAAUCGCAUCAAAUUGGGUUUUGGUAAAUCCAUGCCGACGAAUUGUGUGUGGAUCGAUGGGGUAGCCGACACGGUAAGUGAGAGCUACCUCACGACGCAAUUUGGACGUUUUGGCCCUGUGUCUCAGGUGACAAUUGACAAGGAUCGCAGGCUGGCAUUGGUGUUUUUCGAACAGAUCCAGUAUGCCCAGCUGGCGGUGAAGGAGAUGCGCGGGAUUGUGCUGCGUGGACGGAAGCUUCAGGUGGAUUUUGCCUCGAGAGAGUGUCAAGAUGCAUUUUUCGAUAAAAUGGACAAGACAACGCUGCCUGAACGUGGUCCUCCGGCUACUUUUGAGGCUCAGGCAACAGCUACGGCAACCCCCGUGGCUGCUGUGAGACCUUUCGAGGGUACAGCUGCAGCUACAACGGCGAGAUUUAGUCGCUACGAUGCCCCACCGCGAUCUCGAACGUCCUCCUUUAGUCGUCAUGGGAGUAUACCUGGUGCCAAUAGUGGAGCUGCAAGUCCCGUGUCAGGGGUGCUGGAGCGUUCAUCAUCCGGUGGCACAACACCCCGUGGGGCUGGACGUCCACGUGUGAUGCGCUACAACACCGUUGACUUCUACGAUGGCGAAUACAGUGAUCGCAGAUCGAGGAACUACGAUGAGUACAGUCAAGGUUCGGGGGCAUCACACGAUGGAGAAUACGAUCACAGUGGCUCAGGGGAUGUCUUCACAUCAUACACGCGUGCCGUAGGCGAGCGUGGUGGGAGUAGUGAAUCCCCACCACGUGUCGACGGUGGCAAUGCUGGUGUGGAUGUACCACCAGCCAGGAGACGCAGUGAGAAGAGCCCUGGGGACAUUCGGCACCUGCAGAAGGAGCGUGUGCACCUCCUUGAGCAGCUGGAAGAAUGCCCGUCGAGUGGUGAUGAAGUGAUGAGUCCAAAGAAGCGAAUACGCUACGAUUCGACAAUGAUGACAAAUGACACGGCAGUGUCGCACCAAUCCUCCUCAUCCAUUGUACAAAAUAAUAAUGUAGUAAUCAGUGACUCCAUCUGUGAUGCUAGUAUUAACCAUAGUCUUGAAUCUUCACUGAUACACCACCAUCAGGGAGCGUCAUCCCAUCCGCACCGGAAAGUUGAGGUGAGACGCCUAUCGGAGUGCAGCCAGAAGUUGGCCGCAUCGGCGGGUUCGCUCAAUCGGCGCCCGUCUACGGACAACGGUGGUCGGCACCACGAUCACGGGGCCGGUUCAAUGUGCUACACCACCCCCCAUGUUUUGUGCAAGCGUAGGAAAACAAGUUCCAUCGGGGACAGUGAUCAUCACACAUCCCGUGGCAGGGGGCAUCAGUUGCACUCUCACCACAGUCACGAGGCGUCUGGGGGCGAAAGUGCCGAUGGGUCACGCCCUGGUACGCCACUGUGCGACGAAAGACCCGAAAAUACCGUACCCACGGAACCACGACGAAUUCCGCGUGAGAGACCGCAUGAACCCAUGCUUCUGCCCCUGCCACGCUUCUCUGCCCAGUUCUACCUCCAAAAUCGUCUUGCUGCCCAAGCAGCGGCGGCAUCUUCGGCAGCGGCAGCAGCUGCCACGACCACAUCUACAACGGUGGUUUCUACAACAGCUGCUGCCACCGCUGCCACAGCAUCCUCUAGUCUUGCACAUUCACUGUCCAGUCCACCGCCAAACAGUAUUCUCGUGGCGUCGAGUCCCAAGGUUAGCCAUCACCAUGGCCAUUCGCACCACAGUCACCAUCAUCAUCAUCACCAUCAUCACCAUGGAGGGCAUCCGCCUCCACCCACAACGAUCUCCGGUACGCCAACAAGUGGCAGUGGUAUUGAACAACCACCUGCCAGCCCGCUACGACCGCCAUCGCUCAGUAGCAACAGCAGCGACAGCGAAGUGGCGCCCAGCUGCAGUCCCAGCCUCGAGGAACGCAUAAAGACACUCGAUGAGAUGUUUGAGAAGUGGAACGGCAAUAAUGCCACCCGUGGGCAUCCAAUGGGCAGCACACCAGCUCCAGAGAGUGGUGGCGUGAAGACAGUUGCAGUUCCCGAGGGGAGUGGCAGUGGGAAUAGUAGUGGAAGCACCACGAGCACAGGUACAAACUACAGGCACAAAUUCUUAGAUCUCGAUGUGAAUGAGGUGCAGCCAUCGGACAUUGUUCGUUCUGUGCUGGCCAAGAAGUCCAUCUUUGACGAAGAUUCCAAACGUCUGGAGAACAUCGGUGACAAAUACGAACCCCGUGAGUAUCUCAACUUUGCACGAAUGACCUCCAUUCAGACGGCGGCGGCCACGUCACCCCUCCCCGGAACGCCGGGAAGUGCAAAAACACCCACCGUAGCUGGUCAACCGAUUUUCCCAUCUCCAGCCGCUGUGACGAGACUCACAAAUUCCACGGCAUCGCCACUCAAUAGCCCCCUUGGGGGUAUGUCAUCACCCUACAGUAGCCCAUCCCCAUCGCCGGUGACGCCAAAGCCCAAUACUCCGGUCAUGGCACCAGCUAAGGGGCUUCAGUAUCCAUUCCCGAGUCAUCCACCAGCUCCGCCACCUCAGGUAGCACCAGCUGUACCUCCGAGUCCGCAACCGCCGACAACUCCAACUGCCGCGCCAGCGCAGCCCGAGUUUAAAGCCAAAACAACCCCAAUCACGAAGAGUAUCAGUCUGCAGGAGAAAUCCACGACGUCCGGGCAUACAAAUCGCGUCCUCAAUAAAUCCACCUCCCUACCUGGCAGUACAAAUUCAGGCACGACGAAAACCUUUCUCGCCAAAGACGAUCAAGAAGAUGCGCAAUCUCAGCCUCCUCCCGAGAAGGAAGACAGUGGGAAGCGACACAAUUGCACGGCAUCCACCACAACCAUUCCAGCCAAGGAGGAGACAAAACGACGGCCAGAUAGUCUCGAUCGUAGAAAAGUUCCAAGUGAAUCGUCAUCAGACAAUAAUGCCACAGAGCACCAUCAGACUGAUCACAAUCAUCCUGCGGAGGAAGAUCGCAGUGAGAGUGAGGAGAAAGCCCGUCAGGAGAGGGAGCGUGAGAAGCGACGUGAGCGUGAGGAAAAGGAACGUCUUGAGAUUGAGGAGAAGGAGCGACGUGAACGUGAGGAAGAGGCAAAAAGGCGUGAAGAGGAACGUCGUGAGAAGGAAGAGAAGGAACGCAAAGAGCGCGAAGAGCGUGAACGUGUUGAGAAUGAGAGAAAAGCUGAACUUGAGCGGGAGGAGAAUGAACGUCGUGAGGCGGAGGAGAGACGUCAUCAAGCCAAAGACAAGGAAAAUCGGGAGAAUCAUGAAAAAUCCUUCGCUGAAAGUACAUCGUCGUAUGAGAAGUACGAUGAAAUUGGCGGGAAGCGCAGGGAGAGGAAUAAAUCCCGAAGUUCCUCCCCAUCGCGAUCAAUCAACAAACGUCGCCUCAGUUCACAAGAGAACUACGAUCUGGAUGAGAUUAAGCGCCUCAAGACGGUCAAUGAGCACCGAAAGAUGUCAACGGAUCGCAAAGAGAUCACGCGUGAGUCAAAGACAAAGCACCACAAGGAGAAGCAUCGUGUGCCAGCGACAAAAAAUGGUGAAGAUCGUCCUGCCAACGAGGAGCGCUGCAAGAAGGAGAGCGAUCGCAAAUCCAGUAGCAAGAGUAGCGGGGAUAAGCAUAAAUCCAAGUCAAAUCGUACCCGUAGCGAGGAUCAUCAUCAUCACAUGAACAACAUUGAGCACGAGAUGAGUUCUCCGUCUGAGCGAGGAUCGAACUUCCUCGAGCAAAUGGAUAUGCGAUCGAGUGAGGAGGAGCAGAGGCAACAGAAGAAGGAGCAGCAUCGUGAGAAGAAGCGCGAUAAGCAGCGAUCUCUGAGUGAAAUUUCUCAGCAGGAAUUUAUGGGGGAUUUCAAUAAGCACGACAUGCGCAACAAGGAGGGUGGUGAGGCCAAGAAGCGCACAGAACGUCGUGGAACCACCGAAGAGAUCUCAAUGAAGUGCUCAUCAGCUUCGGAUAAUGGCAGGAAGGGAGGAAAGCCACGAAAGAUGAACAACACAAGUGACUCCGAUGAUUCGGAUGAACCGAAGAAGCAUUCCAUUUUUGAUAUUCCCGACGAGGGGCCAACGUACAUCUCCAUGUAUGACAAAGUCAAGGCGCGCAGUUGCAAGAAUAUGCAGCGUCAGGAGGAAGAGAAGAAGAUCAAGGCGAAAUUCACGCAACUCAAGCAAUCCCGUGCAAAGCGUGAGGAGAAGAAGCGCUCAACGAGCUGGGAUGAUGACACCGACAGUGAAAUGGAUGACAGAAGAUCCGUAAAGUCGGGCAUGAAUCACAAGAAAAUCAAUUCAUCCAGCGAAGAUGAGAUGCCAGUCAAUCGUCUGCCCAAAACGGAAAUGAUUUCCGAUUCCGAAGGUGAAAUCCGUCGCUUGCAGUACAAUCGGGAUAAGAUUAAUGAAUUGUGUGAUGGUGAGAGCUCCGAGGCGAGUGCAAUUCAUCAGAAACCCCGACGAAAGAUCACAUCAAGGAAGAAUUCACGAUCAACGCGAAUUGCUUCGGAUAGCUCUGAGGAUGAAGCAUUAGCGAAGAUCAAAGAGGAGAAGGCUGAUGCAGAGAUGAAGAUUAAGACUGAAAUGAAGACGGAGAUGGAUGAUAAACCAAAUCGGGGCAAAUUGUUUGAUCGCAGUGAAAGUGAGGACAACCAUUCAAUUGGGAAUGAUCUUCUCUCAUCCACAGCCAUCAAGCAGGAGCCAAAGGAUGAGUUGGAUGUGUACAAGAAUAAUUUGUGCAACAUUUCAUCCGAUGAGCAUGACGUUAGCAUUAACAGUACAAAUCAGAAGGAUCCCUUUGAUCAGCUCUUCAGCCCAGACACGAGGAAGAAGCACAAGAAGAAGCAAAAGCGUCAGAAGAGUGUCCCACCAACAACACCCAAUGAAUCCAUCUCAUCCAGCGGGGAGAAGUGUAUGAAAGUCCUGGAGGAGGUGAAGAUGGAAAAGCAAGUUCCACUAGAUCUCUUUGAUGAACUAAAGAAGAGCACCGUGAUGCCAGAGCAGAAGAAGAAGCAUUCAAGUCGCAAAGAGAAGAAACGUGAUCGUCUCUCGAAGGAAGAUUACGAGAAUCGGGAGAGAUUCCGCGAUGAACGGAGUGGUAAAGUGAAGAAGAAUAAGAAGAAUAAAGGAGAAUCCUACAAUAAUCAGAAAGGAGGAUUCAUUAAAGGUGAAAAGAUGGAGGAUAUCUUCGGAACAAUCUCCGAUGAUGAUACAAUUCAGUCAUUUCCCGAUAUGGUUAAGACGGAUCCUGUCUCGUCAUCCUUGUCAACAUCCAUGGCGAGUAUCUUUGAAGCGACAAGUGAGAAUGCAAAGAAGGAUGAGAUUAAGGUGGAGAGUGGAAUUUUGUAUCCCUGCAAAGGGAUCUCUGGUGAUGAUUUCAAAUCCGCCUCAACUGUGCUCCCCAUGCAAUCUGAGCGUGAACGCCACAAAGAUGAAUCCCGGAAGCGCAAAGAGAAGAAACGUCGGGAACGUGAGAAGAAUCGUGCAGCUGCUGCUGUGAAAGAGGAUGAAAAUAGUGUGGAUCUCGAUGAAGCAGGACGUGCCCUCGAAGCUCAGCUGCUCAAGGAUAUGGACACAAAACUCGAUGAGAUUCCCACAGUUAAAGCAGAACCACGUGGAAGUGUUGGCGACGUCAUGGAUGUCUUCCGCUUCACUGAUGGUGAUGAUAGCAUUGAGAAUGUAAUGUCCAAGGAUAAGGAGAAGGAAACUUCCGCGGAGCAGCAUCGCUCGAAGGAGAAGAAGAAAAAGAAGAAGCGCUCCAAGGAGGAGAAGCAUCAGAGGCGUGAACAUCAUCAAUCUAAAUCGUCGGUUGAUACAAAGAUUCCCAAUGUUGACAAAUUGCUGGAUGAGCAGAAGUUGAGCAAACAAUCACCAAGUUUGCCGUGCUUACUGGAAGAAAGUCCUCCGCCGCCGAAGAAUUCAAAUCUCUCCGUGGCCUCAGUGAAUAGAGAAACAAGACCGAUAAAUUCCACACUAAAGACUCCCAUAACUCCUGGAAAAUCCAAUGUGGAUGCAAAGAAGAAACCCGAGAAGUUUAUUCCUGGCUUUGGAGGGGAAGUUGAUGAGAAAAUCCAUGAGUAUGCUGUUAAGUCCAUCAGUACGGAGUUUACAACAACACAGCCUGAGAAAGUGGCUGAGAUUGAGGAUAAGACAGAACUCUUGGAUCCUGACACAUCAUCAAAAGGUUCAGAGGGCGAUAAAGCAGACGACAAAACAUCCCGUGUGGUGAUUUCGCAGGAAGAAACUGAAGAUGCCGUUGCUGCUCUACUUGGAGAGAGUUUUGGCUCUUCAAAUGCACCGGACUACACGGAUUGCUAUGAAACCCCUUCGAACAUUGAGGAGAGCCCGUCGGCUCUUGUGCAGGAUCCAGUAAUUCCCGAGGAGGAUGCUGAAGAGAUGCGAAAAGCCGUUCAGAGUCUCAAUGCUGAGGAUAUGGACUUGAAACCCGAUACACCCCAAUCUGAGCAUGAUUUGCAAAUUGACACAGACACGGAGGAGCAAGAGGAGGAACCUGGUGCGAGUGGGUUGAGAUUUGAUCAGCCACCAAAGACGCCAGAUGUGGAUUUGGCUGCAUUGCGUCAGGAAGCGAGUGAGAAGGCAAAGAUUACGGAAUCACCCAAAGAAGCCACAGCUGAGAAGACACCACCAUCACCUGCUCCGAAGGUCACAACACCCCCAGUUACGGGAACUUCUGUCAUCACGAAGACUGUCAGUCAGUCCCCGGCUGCAAUUCCCGAAGUUGCCAUUUCGAAAGUUGUUCAGAUUCCCGUCCAAGUGUCCAUUCCGACAAAGAUUGUGGAGACUCCAGCACCACAGCCACUGCAGGCGAGUAUUGUGGAGAAUCCUUCGGUGAAGGUUAUUCCAGCUUCAUCGGGAACAAUUGUUGUGACAACCAAUCCACCUUUGACACGUGCCAGCAACAUUAUUACAUCCCCACGGCCACAGUUGAUCUAUCAGAAUGCAAUGAGACCCACACAUCCACCUCAGACAUCCCAACCGCAGCAUUUCCUGCAGCAACAGCCUCAGGGGCAGAAGAUUCAGCAACCACCACGUCCUCCGGGUCCGUAUUUGAUGCAACCACCCACAAUAAAUAUCCCCGAGCAACCGCACUACGUUUACCAGCAAAUUGGUGUGAUGAUGUCGCCGAGAAAUGCUGCUGGAGAUCCACGUUUGGCAUCUCCGCGACAGCAGCAACCUCAAGCCUUCGGGAAGCCACCAUCUCAGCUGAGUCCGACCCCAAUGUUGCGCGCGCAGGAACCUCAAUCGCCAAGGCAGCAAUUGAGCCCCGCUACAAUACCAACGCAUCAUCAGCAGCAGCAGCAAAUCCAUGCGCAGCAUAUGAUGCAGCAACAACAACAGAGGCAGAUGCUUUCACCAUCUGGUCAGCAUCCAAUGAACAACAAUCUCAUGCUAAAUCGCGUCCCUGUGACACCCAUUCUCACGCCAAUCUCCAAACCAAUGCCACAAUCCGCGAUGCAGCCACCGCUAACGAGUCAGCAGAAGCCACAGCAACCGUCUGCCACGCAGCCACACACAAAGGAGAUGCCCCCGCAGACUGUGGUGAGGGUGGUGCAGACAGCUGCUCCAUCUGCAAUUCAAGUCACCCCGAAGAUUGUUUCACAGCAAACGGGACAAAUUAUGACGCAACUCCCAAAGCCACAAAAUCAACCAGUUGCUCAGCAGCAGGCGCCUGAAUUGGAGGGAAAACUCCCGAAAGGAGUAAUCCUGCAGCUGCCACAACCGCAAAACUAUCCAAAUCACCAAACACUGCAGAAACAGAAGCAUUUGCAGCAGAUUCAGCAGCAUCAGAUACUGCAUCAGCAAAUGCUAGCUGCCAAGCAGCAGCAGCAGCAGCAACAACAGCAGUUGGCACAGCAGCAAUUGGCUCAGCAGCAGCAAUUGGCGCAACAGCAACUUGUGCAGCAGCAGAUUCAUCAGCAAAUUGUGAAUCAACAGAAACAAAUGCAGCAGCAGCAGUCAAUUAUUCAGGGUGUCAGCAAGUCCGGAGAGAUUGUGAGGCAUCAGCAGCCGUCGAAUAUUGUCAUUCAUCAGAGCCAGCAGGCAAAAAUUCCGUCUGCACAGAGUCAACAACAACCACAACCUCUGAUGUAUCCGUCAGUUGUGAAGCAAACUCUUCCAACACCACAAACUCCACCCAAGAGCACUGUUCAGGUCGUUCCAACGGCCACAAUUACACCAACAACAACCCUUCCGGCAAGUUCUCAGGCAACAAAGUCCGAGGCAGAGAAGAAGGAGGUCAAGGAGCAACCAACUGCGACCACAGAAAUGCCAGAAGAGGAUAAACAGAAGCCAAAGGAAGAUAAUUCGUCAGUCAUAAAGUCUGGAACGUCAUCCGGGCAGGAGAAUACAUCCCUUCUCACGGAGGAGAAUGUUAUCAAACUCUCCAAUGUGACUGAUGAACAAAUGGAGCAAGAUUCAAAGGAAGACAGUGACUACUGGUCCGCCAAGGAGGUUAACAUUGAAUCUGUGAUUAAGAAGGUUGAUGCUUUGUGUUCGGGCGAAGAUACGUCAGAGGAAGGCUCUGAGGCUACCACAAAGACCACAGAGUGGGCAGAAGAGAAUCAAAGUACGCAGGAGAGUGCAAAGAUGGAGACAGAACAGAAGGAGCCCCCGCCUGUGGCUGAUGGUCCUGAUGCUAAACCUCAGGAAGCACAGCCAGAUGCAGGAGAAGCUGAAGAGGAGUUCGAUGAAGGUGUUUGUGAUAAUCCUGAUGCAAAAGAUGGCUCAAAGAAACGCGGACGUGCCACGCGUGGUAGGAAAGUGUCUGAGAGUGCUGAAUCCCUCAAAACACCUGCAAAUAACAAUAACAACAACAUCGAAUCUCCGGAAGCAAUGGCAGGUGCGGAAGCUCAGGCUGGUGGAGUACAGACUCGUCGUGGUGGAAAGACGGCAGUUCGUCGAAAGGGUGGGCGCGUGACACGAGGAACAUUGGCCAAUGUUUCCCCAUCUCCGGCUACUCCAUCGACGUCCACGCCAGCGGAACGGAAAACGCGCAAUCAGAAUUCCGAAUCGGAUGUUUAUGAAUUCCACGAGGAUUCUGGGGAGGAGGUUAAUCCCGGAAAAGCUGCGGUAGGUGAUGAUGGACGUCCGAGGUUGAUUCUGACCAUCAAGAGUCCCGUACCGAAUGUUCCGGCAGCUCCUGUAGCAACACCCGCGCCACCCACAAUGCCCAUUCCACCUCCUGCAGUCUCAGAAGCCUCACCAGUUUCACAGUCAUCCAAUCCGAGUCCACCACAACCAUCCGGAGAUGAUUUCACAUCACCAGCUGCCAAUACGCGUAAAUCACGACGACUGUUGGAGCGUGAUGGGAGAAGUACGGUGGAUGAUGUCAUUGAGGAUGUUGUGAAGAAUGUGACGAAUUCCCCGAAAGCUGGUAGUGUAACACCCCCACGGAGGACAACUAGGAGCACCAUGAACCUCUCCCCGGCACCCGUGGCUCCUGUCAAGCCAAUUAUUCCGGAGAAAUUGCCCAAUGUGGACGUCCGGAAGUCCCCAAGGGCAAAUAGGAGUAGUAGUCGCAAUAAAGACAGGAAACUCUCUGAAACAUCCACGGAUAGCAAUGAGGAGAGGAAGAUGGAAGCUGAACCAGUUGUGGAGGAGAAAAUCCCCGUUGUGGAGGUGAAGAAGAUUGAAAUACCGGAAAAUCUAACUGCUGAGAAGACGGAACAACCACCACAACCUGUUCCGGAGCAACCGAAGAAGGUGGAAAUGUUGCCACACCCGACCGUUGUUCCAUUGAAACCCGAUGGGCAACCAGGAGAGAACCCAACGACGCUCAUUGAUCCCGUAACUGGGGAAUUGAUGGUGAUGCGUCAGAGUAAGGAAGGGCAGUACAUUCCGGUGCCACGAUCAGGAAGUCAAGCGGCACAAAUGAUGGCAAAACAUCAGCAAAUGCUGAAGGGAAUGUCUCCUCAGUUGAUGAAGCAACCCGAAGGGGCUGGUGUUGUGAGACAAACGCACCAUCCAGAGCAGCAGGUGCAGCAGCAAAUGCCACAGCAACAGCUGCAGCAGCAGCAACCACCACAGUUGCAGCAGCAGCAGCAGCAAAUGCAACCAAGUCAACCGCAGCAAAUGCAACCUAAUCAACCACAAUCGCAGCAGCAAGCUCAACCUCAGCAGUUGCAACAACAAAAUCAACCACAGCAGUUGCAGCAACAGAAUCCGCCUCAAUUGCAGCCACAUCAUGCGCCUCAGCAUCAUCCGCCCCAGCAUCAACAGCAACAGCAACAUUUGCAGCAUCAGCAUCAGCAACAACAACCGCAUCAACAAUUGCCUCAGCCUCAGUUGCCCCCACAGAUACCUCAUCCACAACCACAGCAUUCAGUUGCACAGACAAAUCCAAAUAUAGCAACUGUUUCAGUUGUUUCGCAAAACUUCCCCACCAGUACGAUGGUUGGGAAGCCAGUGGGAUCAACAACAGUUACAAAUGUUCCAAUACCCAUCCCAAUGUCCGUACCGGCUCCAAUUUCGGUGCAUCCAGCAUCCACGGCAACUACAAUAAUCACAAGCACCUCCCAACCACCACCACAGAUGCGUCCACAUCCACUGAAGGCGCACAUGUUGAGUUCUCAGGCCACAAUCAAGCCUAUUGUCAUUCAAACGACAUCUAAACCCCAUCCGGGAGUCCCAGGGCAGCCACAACAGCAACAACCUGGCACACAGGGGCCACAGUAUCACCUUCCACCAACAAGUGUGCAGCAGCAGGUGCAAAUAAAGGCACCACAGUCAAUUCAGAGUACCCCCCAAUCGGUGCCGAGUGUUGUGAUGCAGAAUCAGCAGGUGAAGCUGAUGCAACAUCCACCACCGCAUCAGCAGCAGCAGCAGCAUAUGCCUCAGCCACAGCAGAAAUCACAUGCAGGGCAAACAAUGCAACAACCACCUCAUGGACACCCAGGAAUGCCACACAAUCUCAUAAUAAACGUUCCUCCGGUGAGUUCUGCAUCUUCCGCUGCGACGCUAUCUCCGCGUGUUGUGCAACAUCAACAACCAGCACCACCACAGAUGAAGCAGCAGAUCACAAUAACACAGCAACAGGCUCAGCCGUCUCCACAACCCAUUCAUAUGCCACAGAAGGGUGUUCCUGGUGUGCAACCACCCCCAUCUCCCCACGGAGGGGCACCAUCACCGCAGCAACAACCACAGAUGGUUAUUCAUGGGGGAAAGAUGAUGCCACAGCCGCCCCCAAGUGGGUAUGCGACGGUGUUGCAGAGUGGAAAAAUGGUGCAGGCUUCACCGCCACCGCCACAGCAAAUUCAAUCACAAUCCGUGGCGAAUUUGACAAAGCAACAGCAGCAGCAUAUGCAAGUGCAGCAGCAGAUACAGCAUCAUCAGCAGCAGCUGGCUAAGCAACAGCAGCAGCAGCAGCAGCAGCAUCAUGCUAUGGCGCAGCAAAAGCAUCAUUUGGUGGUGAAGCAACAACCAUUGCAGCUGAAUCAGCCUCUUGGGGCACAGCAGCAGCCACAACCACAACUCCUGGCUGCCCCCAGUGCUGCUCAUCAGGCUACGAAGCACAUUCAAUCGGCUACAGCACAGAUUCUCCCACCGGGGAUGCCGCCACAGAGCAAGGGGGUCAUGGGGCUGCAUCAAUCUCCACAAAUACUCACAGGCGCUGUGGCUAGUCCACCACCAAAGCAGCCACAUCUCACCAGUCAGCAGCCAAUUGUCACAGGUGCCAGCAGCUCUAGAAUCACUGUACCACCAAUUAGCCCACAAGGACAAGCUCGUGGACAUAUUCUACAAGCUGGUCUACCUGUUCCAGCUUUCGAAGCAAGUCUGCACAAUGAAAUAAGCUAUGGCAUAACAAGGUCACAGAGUCCACCACCUGCUCAUCAGCAGGCAUCUCCCAUAACCCCGGGAGAUGGACCAUACCCACCUGUUCCAUUGCGUGGAGUUCCUCGUGAUCAUCACAUCAUGAUGUACCAUCAUCCGUACAUUCGAACACAGGAAGCCAUGAAUCAUGGCGCAAGAAUCCCAUACAUGCCAAGAUCACCAAUGCUUCCGGGAGCAGCAGAUCAGAAGAAUGAUGACAUUGACGACACAUCCGUUGCGAGUCCACCACUAGAGCUGAGACGUCCAGCAAGUGGCCCGAGGACAACAACAGCAGUCCCCCAUAGUUUACAGAGUCCACAAGAUCGUGCAACAGAUUCACCUCAAGUGGCUCAGGUGUACGUUCCGGGUACGAGAAUCCCCCAUCCGCACUAUCCAGACGCAGGAGCACGCAGCUACUAUGAAUCAGCUGCAGCGAGACCCCUUCCGGCUGAACCACCACCAGCACAUCGCCCUUCGUCGCACAGUGUAGUGGCCCCAAUGAGUCAUCCACCGAGCAAUUAUCCAGCCCCAAAUAUACCCACAACCCCAACAAAUCUCUCCCACAUGUACUCCCAGCAUCCCAAAACGCUGGAGCGCGAACGGGAGCUGCGUGAGCGUGAGAAGGAACGCGAAACACGUGCAUCCAUUCCAAGUCAUGCCAAUAUGCCGAGUCAUGGAACUUUGGUACCAGCAAUGCCAGCACCCACGGGGCGUAAUUUGCAAGUAGCCACGCCACCACAUGCAAGUCAGGUGCCCCCACAGGCAGACUCACUAAUGAUGCUACUUCAGCGUUACCCGGUGAUGUGGCAGGGAUUGCUGGCGCUGAAGAACGACCAAGCGGCUGUACAGAUGCACUUUGUCUUUGGAAAUCCCCAAGUUGCGGGGGAUUCAUUACCGUGCAAUAGCGAUGGGUCAACACCACCGCUGAGAAUUGCCCAGCGGAUGCGUUUGGAGCAGACACAACUUGAAGGAGUGGCACGAAAGAUGCAGACGGACAAUGAGCAUUGUAUGCUCCUAGCUCUGCCGUGUGGACGUGAUCACAUGGAUGUCCUGCAGCAAUCCACAAAUCUCACAACGGGCUUCAUAACGUAUUUGCAGCAGAAACAGGCAGCGGGGAUUGUGAACAUUGCCGCCCCGGGAAGCCAGCAAGCUGCCUAUGUUGUCCACAUUUUCCCAUCAUGUGACUUUGCCAAUGAAAAUCUCGCCCGUAUUGCACCCGAUCUCCUACAUCGUGUGGCUGACAUUGCACACCUCCUGAUUGUCAUUGCCACCGUUUAAGAUCGCGCGCGUGUCCUGCGGGGCAAGAGAUCACAAGGAAAAUAGCUAAAGAGCUAAAUACAAAGAGACUUAACAAAAAAACAAAAAUUUGACAAAGAGAAUCAUUUUUCUCCCACAUAAUGAUCGUGAGAUGGACGAUGAAAAGGUAAAAGAAAAAAAAUCAACAAAACUACAAUAUUUGAUCUCAUUCUUAUUAAGAAAACCUAAUAAAAAUAAAAUGCAAGUUAUGCAUCAAACUUUUUUUUAAACGUAAUGUCACACACUUUGUGUAGGAAAAAAAAAAGCCAAGAAAAAUAUUGAAAAAAAUGAGAAAAAAAAUCGAGUAGAUUAUUUGCAGAAAAGUGAAAAAAGAUGAAAUAGUUUGUUGGCCACCCUCAUAAAUUCUUUUGUUCUAAUAAGAAAAUAAUAACCAAAAAAAAAAACUCAAUAAAUAAUCCCUUCAAAUACAUUUUUUCCAUUUAAAAAAAAUUGCGGUGAAUUUUUAAUAAAUUUUCUACAGCUGAAUAGAUGAAAAGAGAGAGAGAGAAAUUAGUAGAUGGUACGUAGAAAGAGUAGGAAUUAACAAUUAGUUUAUGUUUCGAUAGAAAUGUCUUUUGGGGCAGAACAAAAGACCUCUCAUACCACCAAAUAGAUUUAUAUAUAAAUUGUUAAAGAAAAAAUAUAUAAUUCUUCUUCCAUUUUGGGAGAUUUCUUAAAAAUUUAAUAAUUAAUUAAACAGAUGAAAAAAAUUCCGCAUCAAUAGAAGAAAAAAAUCCAUUUUAAAUCCAUUCUAGAGAGACAGAAGAAUAAAAAAAAAAUCAUUCACUUUGCUGAGAAAUAAAUUUUGCAAUAAAAAACAGGAAAUUCUUUUUCAGAAAAAUAAGAGAACAAAGCUGAAAAAAAAGUUUUUAAUUACAAAACACACAAAAAAUGGCGUUUGUAAAAAGAAUUUAAUGAAAAAAAUGUAAGUUUUGUAUAUUUAGAAACAGAAAAACAAAAAAAGGUAAAUAAUGCCCGAUGUAUAAAAUUAAUCUAAGUCCCCUAAUGUACAUAGAACUUUUCUUUUUAUUUUCUAACGAUACACAAAAAAAAACUUAGAUUUAGUGUGGAUGAGAAAUUAAUUUAAAAAAUAAAGAGUAAAAAUGAAGAAAUCCUUUUAGUUUGUAGACACUUCUUUUUUAUCUAUAUACAUAAUGUAAACUAUAUAAAAUAUAUUUUCUAAGAAGAUAUCUUAUUUUUUUUAAUUUGCAAUUUUUACAAAAUUGCAGAAAUUAUUAAAUUCUCUUUUUUUCUGUCAAAGAAAAAUUAUUUUCUGUACAAAAGUUUGUUUUUUCUCUUUAAAGGCUUCUUGGAAAUUUUUCUCCUUUGACUUUUCUUUUUUCUUCGAACUUUACAAAGUAAUUUUUUAAUUGAAGAUUUUUAUUAUACAGAUUAUUAACUUUUUUUUUAAUUUUUGUUUCUUUAAUAAAUCUUCAUUCAAAGGAUUUUCCAUCCUAAUUUUCCAAUUUUAAAUAUUUAAAAAAUCUUCAUUUCAAGGAUUUUUUUAUAUCAUUUUUAAAUCUUUGUUCAUUGGAUCUUCGUUAAAUAUUCAAAUUUCCAAUUUUUCAUAAAAUCUUUUCAUUAAAAAAGUUUUCAAAAAUAAAAUUUUGUUUCUCUCUUUAAAUUUAUUUUAAUUAAUAAAAAAAAAUUCAAAGAAACAUUUUUUUAAAUAAUUUUUAUCUACUUAAAUGAAACCAAGAGCAGAUUAAUAAAUUAGAAAGAGAGACAGAGAGUAAAAAACCACGAACAUUGCUAGAAAUUUGUAGAAUAAAAACAAUUUGUGAAAAAUAAAAAGAAUCCCAAAAAAAUCACAAUUUAAUAGUUGCAAAAGUAAAUUUAAAAAAAAAAAUAAAGAAGAAAAUCUUUAAUAAUUUAGAAAGUAUAGACAGAAGAGAAAAGAGAGAAAAACUAAACAUUUAUUGGAUGAUAAAGUUGUUUUUAUGUUAAAAAGUGAGAAAAAAAUUGUAAAACUUCUUGUACAGAAAUAAAUUAAAAGGAGAAGAAAAAGGUAAAAAUUUGCAGAAUAAAAAAUAUUAAUAUUAGAAAUGUGAAAAUGCUGUAAGUUAUAAAUAUUUACAAUUAUAAAUAUUUGCAUAAGAGAACAAAAAAACCUACAAAUAAUUAUUUAAAAAAGGAGGAAAAAAUUUACGAGUAAAGAAUAUUAAUAUUAAAACCAAUAUUAAAUGAGAAAUAUUGAGAAAAAAAAGUAAAAACAAGUGAAACCAACAAGAAAAAAGUUAGAUAGCGAAUUAUCGUAACAACAAGAAAAAAACUAUUAAUAUAUUGCAAGAAGAAAUAUAAAAAAAAAUAAAGGAAAAAAUAUGUAAUUGAUUAGAAACGGUGGACAACACAAAAAGCUAAUAAAAAAAACUAAAAGAAAUUGAUAAAAAAUUAAAAAUAUUAAAAAAAGAAUCUUAUAAAAGAAACUUUGUCGAAUUCUUUCGGCAAUUUCUCAUAAAAGAUUUCUUUCUCCCAAAAUAUUGAAUGUAAAAAAAAACUAAUUUUGUCGCAUUUCUUUGGAAAGAUUUUUCUAAAUUGUAUAUUAUUUAUUUUUUGUCAACACAGAAAACAGUCCCAAAUUGAGAAUAAAUUAACGUUUCUUUUCCAAACAAUAGACCCAUGAGGAAAAUGAAUGGUAAAGCCUCGUAGAAGUUUAAUGAAAAAAAUAUUAUUAUUAAAAAAAAAGUAAAAUGAAAAAAGAGAAAAAUUAAUUGUGAUCAUUAUAAUAAAAUAAUAUUGAAAUAUUGUACCUUCUGUAUAUUUUGUACAUAUAAAAUAAAAUAUAAUGCAAAUAUAUAAAAGAUUUAAAAACUGA